UGAUAGUAUCAUAAUCGUGUGGCUGUAACGUGUUUUAAACUUAUAAGAAAGUAUACCUAUUUAGAAUAAUUCAAACGUUUAAAAAAUGCCACGAUUACCAUUACACCCUUCAUCUGGAACUGGAUAUAUUUCACGAUGGCAUAAAACAAUACGAUUUGUUCGUUAUGGAUGUGCCAAUAGACCUUUUUUUCAUAUUGUUGUUAUGAAUACUAAACAAGGACAGCAUAAACCUCCAAUUGAACAGCUAGGUUCCUAUGAUCCUAUGCCAAACAAAUAUAAUGAAAAAUUAGUUGCAUUGAAUUUCGAACGUAUACAAUAUUGGUUGGGUCAAGGUGUAUCAGUAUCAAAACCAAUAGCCAUAAUUUUUGGAAUUGCUGGUUUCUUUCCUAUACAUCCAAGAACAUAUAUGAAAGCAUGGAGGAAUCGAAAAAUUGCUAAAGAAACUGAAAUGAAUGAGAAGUUAGAGCCAGAAAUAGAAUCAAGAACAGAGACUACAAGUUAA